GGCAGCACCCGCGGCGGGUGGCAGUGUGUGUGCGGAGGUCUGUCUGCCGCGCUCUCCGUGUCCUGGUGGGAGCGGCCCCCUCCCCUCCACCGAGAGGCUGCCUGGGAGGGAUCGGGGCCACAGCUGGUACCGGGCAGCUCCGUGGUCAGCAGUGAUGAGAAGCCAGGAGAGUGUGAGGGGCAGCCGGUGGCAAGGCCCAGAAUCGAUGGGCCGAGGCAGCCGGAAGGUCCUGAGAAUCUGGUUCAGCAAGAUGUCGGUGAAGGAGGGCGCGCAGCGCAAGUGGGCAGCGCUGAAGGAGAAGCUGGGGCCUCAGGACUCGGACCCCACGGAGGCCAACCUGGAGAGCGCUGAGCCCGAGCUGUGCAUCCGGCUGCUGCAGGUGCCCUCCGUGGUCAACUACUCGGGGCUGCGCAAGCGGCUGGAGAGCAGCGACGGGGGCUGGAUGGUGCAGUUCCUGGAGCAGAGCGGCCUGGACCUCCUGCUCGAGGCCCUGGCGCGCCUGUCGGGCCGCGGUGUGGCCCGCAUCGCCGACGCCCUGCUGCAGCUCACCUGCAUCAGCUGCGUGCGCGCCGUCAUGAACUCCCAGGAGGGCAUCCAGUACAUCCUCAGCAACCAGGCCUACGUGCGCCAGCUCUCCCAGGCUCUGGACACGUCCAACGUGAUGGUCAAGAAGCAGGUGCUGGAGCUGCUGGCGGCCCUGUGCGUCUACUCGCCCGAGGGCCACGCCCUGACCCUGGACGCCCUGGACCAUUACAAGACGGUGUGCAGUCAGCAGUACCGCUUCAGCGUCAUCAUGAACGAGCUCUCGGACAGCGACAACGUGCCCUACGUGGCCACCCUGCUCAGCGUGGUCAACGCCAUCAUCCUGGGCCCCGAGGACGUCCGUGCCCGCGCCCAGCUGCGCAGCGAGUUCAUCGGGCUGCAGCUGCUGGACGUUCUGAUGCGGCUGCGAGACCUGGAGGACGAGGACCUGCUCAUCCAGCUGGAGGCCUUCAGGGAGGCCAAGGCCGAGGACGAAGAGGAGCUGCUGCGGGUCUUCGGGGGCGUCGACGUCAGCAGCCACCAGGAGGUCUUCGCCUCCCUCUUCCACAAGGUGAGCUGCUCCCCGGUGUCCGCCCACCUGCUGUCUGUGCUGCAGGGCCUCCUGCAUCUGGAGCCCACCCUCCGCUCCAGCCAGCUGCUCUGGGAGGCCCUGGAGAGCCUGGUGAACCGGGCUGUGCUCCUGGCCAGUGACACCCAGGAGUGCACCCUGGAGGAGAUGGUCGAGCGGCUCCUGUCCAUCAAGGGGCGGCCCCGCCCUCACUCCCUGGACAAGGCCCACAAGGGUGUCCAGGUCAACCUCAGCCAGAGUCGAAGGGGCAGCUCCCCCGAAAACACCGGUGCCCCGACAGUGGGUGUCGGGGGCCAGCAGCCAGCGGCAGCCCUCGCCGGCCUGCACGUUGCCAGCGUCCAGGGCGAGAGUGGCAGGACGGCGCCACAGCCCACAGCCCCGGAGCAGCUGGAGCCCACCCCGCCCCCAGCUGCACCCCCCCUCCCUGGCACCGCAACCUGUCCCCCGCCCCCGCCCCCCCCACCUCCUCCACCCCCGCCCCUGCCGAGCCUGGGGGCCGCGUUUCCCUCACCCCCACCUCCCCCACUGCCUGGCCCUAGUGGGACCAUACCCCCCCCGCCUCCACCCCCAGGCCUGGGGUGCCCACCCCCGCCCCCGCCCCUGCCGGGCACCUCCGGGCCCCCUGCAGCGGGCGGCAUGGAGGAGAUCACCGUGGCGCACAGCCUGGGCUCCGCCUGGGUCCCCAGCCACCGGCGGGUGCAGCCCCCCACCCUGCGCAUGAAGAAGCUGAAUUGGCAGAAGCUGCCGUCCAGCGUGGCCCGAGAGCGCAGCUCUAUGUGGGCGUCACUGAGCAGCCCGGACACUGAGAUGGUGGAGCCUGACUUCUCCACCAUCGAGCGGCUCUUCUCCUUCCCCGUGGCCAAGCCCAAGGAACAAGCAGUGGCCCCAGCCAGGAAGGAGCCCAAGGAGAUCACUUUUCUGGACUCCAAGAAGAGCCUGAACCUCAACAUCUUCCUGAAGCAGUUUAGAUGCUCCAACGAGGAGGUCACCGCUAUGAUCCGGGCUGGGGACACCACCAAGUUUGACGUGGAGGUUCUCAAGCAGCUCCGCAAGCUCCUUCCCGAGAAGCACGAGGUUGAACACCUGCGCUCCUUCACAGAGGAUCGAGCCAGGCUGGCCAGCGCCGACCAGUUCUACCUACUCCUGCUGGACAUCCCCUGCUACCAGCUCCGGGUCGAGUGCAUGCUGCUGUGCGAGGGCACGGCCGUCGUGCUGGACAUGGUGCGGCCCAAGGCCCAGCUACUGCUCGCCGCCUGCGAGGGCCUGCUCGCCAGCCACCGGCUGCCCGUCUUCUGCCUGCUGAUCCUGAAAAUCGGGAACUUCCUCAACUACGGCAGCCACACCGGGGACGCGGACGGCUUCAAGAUGAGCGCGCUGCUGAAACUCACAGAGACCAAGGCCCAGCAGGGCCGCGUCACGCUGCUGCACCAUGUGCUGGAGGAGGUGGAGGAGAGCCACCCAGACCUCCUGCAGCUGCCCCAGGACCUGGAGCCACCCUCCCGAGCGGCAGGGAUAAACCUUGAGAUCAUCCAGUCGGAGUGCAGCAGUAACCUGAAGAAGCUUCUGGAGAUGGAACGGAAGGUGUCUUCCUCCAUCCCGGAGGUUCAGGAGCAGUACUCCCAACGCCUCCAGGCCGGCAUCACAGCCUCCCAGGAGGUGGAGGAGGUGUUCCAGGCCAUCAGGCAGAAGCAGCUGGAGCUGGCCACCUACCUGUGUGAGGAUGCCCAGCAGCUGUCCCUGGAGGACACGCUCAGCACCAUGAAGGCCUUCCGGGACCUCUUCAUCCGCGCCCUGAAGGAGAACAGGGACCGGAAGGAGCGGGCGGCCAGGGCUGAGAGGAGGAAGCAGCUGGCAGAGGAAGACGAGGCCCGCGGGCUGUGGGUCAGGCAGGGAGGCGGGAAGCAGGAGGAGGUGUGUGUCAUCGACGCCUUGCUGGCUGACAUCAGGAAGGGCUUCCAGCUGCGCAAGACGGCCCGUGGCCGAGGGGACACGGCCGCAGACCCCCCGAGGAACAAGGCACCUGCGGCCACCAGGGAUCCUGUGGGAGGCACCAGCCUCCCCACGUCGGAGCCUGGUCUCGACGCCGCAGUGGCCAAGGAGCCCCGCGGCUGGGGUCUCGCUGAUGCCGCCCCCAGCAGCCCCCAGCCCGCUGGAGACUCAUCAGAGAAGGGUGGUCCUGGGCCCCUGGAGAGGCGUUCUUCCUGGUACAUGGAUGCCAGUGAUGUCCUGGCCACCGACGACCCUCUGGGCCCCCAGCCCUCAUUGGUGCUGGGAGGCACUCAGGCCCUGAAGCCGCUCAACUUCUCCAGUGACAAGCCCUCCAAGGCAACGGGUUUGAGCCAAGACACGGAGGAACCCACGGCCCCUCCGGGCGCCCGCCAGGCCGAGGCUGACACCACAGGCGAGGGCGCAGAGGAUGCAGCUGCCCACGGCCGCGGUGCUGGCCUCCCUGCCGCAGGCCGUGGCGGGGACGGAGACGAAGAUGAUGAGCACACAGCCCCGGACUCCGCCCUGGACACCUCCCUGGACAGGUCCUUCUCCGAGGAGGCUGUGACUGACUCAUCAGGGUCUGGCGCCCUCCCCAGGGCCCAGGGCCGGACGUCAAAGGGCACAGGCAAGCGAAGGAAGAAGCGCCCCUCCAGGAGCCAGGAAGAGGUUGCCCUUGACCCUGACGAUAAUAAAACAAAAAGACUCUGUGUGAUCCAGUAAGGCCUCAGGCCCCGGCCCAGAACCAAGUGAGAGGACCCACAGCAGGACCGCUGGACGUGCUGCCGAGCGGGGCUCCUCCGGGGCCAGGCUGGGACCGGCCCCCGGGAAACCGAAACCCUGUGCCUUACCCAGCCAGUGCCGCGGUCUCCCGGAGCCCUGGCAGGGGCUUGCGGCUGGGACCCCAACGGGCACUGGGGCCCGGCCUGCCUGGCGCCUUCCUGGCCUGCCUGAAUGCCCCCAGCCCCUCGCGGUUUGCUUUCUAAACGCCGAUGCCCAG